UUCUGAAACAAAAAUUCAAGGGUAAUUUUUAAAUGCGCUUCGGGGAAGGAUUGUUGCCACUGUAUUGAGUAAAGGUACGCACUGAGCGGUUUAAGGUCUGUUCAUAACAUGAAAGUAAUCAUGCGAAUUAUGGUAUUUUUGCGUUAUAGAUACUUCCCUUUCACUUUUUAUAUUGUCGCUGCCAUGGAAAGUGAGACAAGAUAUUUAUACAUUAUGUUUGCUAGACAGUAUGGCGGACCAAGACCGCAAUUCAAGCUAACACCGCUAUACUCAGUUAGAUGAUGAAGGUAUGUGUAUAAAUUGAUGAUCUAUUUAGCUUGCGCUGUUUCAUAGAUACUUGCAGUAAGAGUUGUGGUUUGAAGACAGGAAGGGGCCAACACCACGUUCUUCAUCGAAGUUUUGAACGACCGAUGCCAACAACUGCUAGUGUCGGCCGUGUGACGUUGUUUUGACUUUGAAUUGCUGUGGGUUAUUUUU